AUGGCACCCCACAGAAAUGGAAACCUCUCAGAGAUGCCUCUGCAGGAGUUUGUGCUGGAGGGCUUUGAGGGCGGUCUGCAGACCCAGGCCCUGCUCUUUGCUCUGUUCCUGGCCCUGUACGUGGUGGCCGUCCUGGGGAACCUCGCCAUGAUGGUGGUCAUCACCCUGGAUGUCCGUCUGCACUCCCCGAUGUACUUCUUCCUCAAGAACCUCUCCCUUGUGGACCUGUGUUACUCGUCUGUCAUCGCCCCCAAGGCCCUGGCCACCUUCCUGUCCUCCUCCAAGCUCAUCACCUUUGAGGGAUGUGCCACCCAGUUCUUCUUCUUCUCCAUGAUGGGCACCACUGAGACUCUCCUCCUGGCCGUGAUGGCCUAUGACCGCUUCGUGGCCAUCUGCAGCCCCCUGCGCUACCCCAUCUCCAUGUGCCCCUCGGUCUGUGCCCGCCUGGUGCUGGGCUGCUACUGCGGGGGCUGCUUCAACUCUGGGGUGCAGACGAUCCUCACAUUCAGCCUCCUGUUCUGCAGCUCCAACCACAUCGACCACUUCUUCUGUGAUGUGAUCCCCCUGCUCCAGCUCACUUGUGCCAGCACGGCCGUCAAUGAGCUGGCCUUGUUUGGCCUGUGUGGCCUCAUCAUCGUGGGCACCACCCUCGUGGUCCUCACCUCCUACGGCUACAUCACAGUGACCACCCUGAGGAUGCGCUCAGGAGGAGGGAGGCACAAGCUCUUCUCCACCUGCGGCUCCCACAUGACAGCCGUGUCCCUCUUUUAUGGGACGCUUUUUGUCAUGUAUGCCCAGCCGGGAGCUGUGGCGUCCAUGGAGCAGGGCAAGGUGGUCUCUGUCUUCUAUACCCUGGUCAUCCCGAUGCUCAACCCCCUCAUCUACAGCCUGAGAAACAAGGACGUGAAGGAUGCCCUGCGGAGACUGGGGCAGAGACACACAGCCACGUGACGGAGGGUGGACAGAGAGACAGUGUCCUGAGAAGAGGACAAGAGGACUUGAGGGGAGGCACUGGGUGUGGUUUGAGGAAUUCAUUCUUUAUUCGUCUAAUUCAUUUUUCAUCCAGCAUUUUAUCCAGCCCAUCUUUGAAGCACAUCAUGGACCACACACUACGAGUGUGAGAUGCAGAGAUGAAUAAGGAACUGUGUUUGCCACAAAAGAUCUAAGGGCCCUCAGUGGGGCAAGACGCUAACUUGAAGUUUGUGUAACACAGUGGGCAGAGCCAUGACCUGGGGGUCUUUGGAGCGCAGUAUGGGUCCCAGUUCC